CAGAUAAAGCCACUCACAGGGGCUGCCGCUACUCCCAAAUUGUGGACGAGGUGUGUGGAGACCAACAUAUCUUUCGAAGAUGCAGAGUUCCAGUAACACUGCCCGUGCCAGGAGGGCAGUCCAGCAGCUGAGAAUAGAAGCCAGCAUUGAGAGAAUUAAGGUGUCCAAGGCCUCAGCAGACCUGAUGCACUACUGUGGAGAACAGGGUAAAUACGACCCUCUACUCAUGGGUAUACCAGCCUCUGAAAACCCUUUCAAAGACAAGAAGCCAUGCACUAUAUUAUAGUAGCGGAACAGCUGAAUUAUCUUUGCUUUUUAUUUUUUUUAAUUAUUUUAUAGGGAGAAAUAUACAACGUUAAUACCGGUACACUAUUUGCCUUAAGGCCAGCCCAGUCCCACUUCCCAUGUUUCCUUGUACUUUAGGAUGAUUUCAAAAUGUUACCUUAGGGCUCCGGUCAAAAGUAGUGCAAUAUAAAGGGAAUAGGGUGCCAUUUGGGACUCAUUCACUCUCUCUUUUAAACUAGUGCCAUUUUGGUAGAAUCAGAAUCGGUCCUCUCUCUCCAUCAGAUACAACAAUUUAUUUGUGACCCAGAAAAAAAAGGGUUUAGUUUAGUUCAGUCAGUCAUGAAUAGAUAGCUCAUUCUGAGACUCCUCUCAACAGAGACUGGUGUUCUUUCAGAUUGUUACCGUAUGUUAUGCAGACUAAAGACCAGCUGGGUUUGAAAUGGGGGUUCCCAACUUUGUCACGUUGACACUAAAACCGUUCCUUUUAAAAUGUACAUCAACUUACUGACAGCAAAUGUAUUUUACAGGACAGCUACUGUAAUCCAUUUCACUGUAAUCCAUUUUACAGUACCACAAAUGUUACUGUAAUCCAAUUUACAGUACAUUACUGGAAUUACCCAUGCAGUAGCAUAUUAUCCAGUGUUCUUUGCAAGUUUUCAUUUUUAGAUUUACAUUUUGGUCAUUUAGCGGGCACUCUUGACCUUAGCAGCUUACAGUCAGUGCAUUCAACCACGGUAGAUAAAACAAACACAUAUUACAGUCAGUGCAUUCAACCAAGGUUGAUUAAAAAAACACAUGUCAUAUAGCAAGUAAAACGUUUCUUUAACCGUAGAUACCAUUUUAUGUCUCUGUGUCCAGUAUGACGGACGUUUAAAGGUAGUUUCGCGAGUCAAUGCUAACUAGCAUCAGCACAAUGACUGGAAAUCUAUGGGAAAACUGACAGUGACUACAGAUCAAAGGACAGGGCUAGCUACUCAACCAUUAAUGGUUUUGAGACUUGCUGCCACUCUGAUCUACCCCUAUAUACAUUUAAUUGUUAGGGAACUACUACCACCUAUCACUUAAAUUGGUACAGCACUCUCACCAAUGGGUGCAACAAAUAUGGCCGCUUACAAGACACUCCUCAAAAUAUAUUAAUGAGUGAGAAACAACAAUACCAUAAACCAGUUAGGGUUCAAAAGGUUUUUGCUCUCCAAAAAUACGGUAUUGGUAAUGUAUUAUAAAUUACUGGUAGCAAUUGGCCAGUGAGGUUUGUAUAAUUCCUAAAAUACAGUAUAUUACCGUAUUCUGUAGGGGUACAGCAUUCUCACUCAUUGGUGCAACAAAUAUAGCCUCUUACAAUUUACGUUAUUUUACUGUGCACUCUACAAUGUUUUACUGUUGAAAUGACAGAAAAGUCUUUUGUGUGCUGUAAAACAAAUGCAUGGUAUUUUACUGUGUCUUCUAUGAUAAUCUACUGUAUUCAGUUUAUACAGUAUCAUACUGUUGAUUUAAUAUUGUAAGUACAGAUGCAAUUAUAAAAACAUCUAACAUUGCACAUCAGCUAGAGCAUAAAUCAUGUCAAUGGCCCUAAAGCAUUGCAGUUGCACCACACAAGUUUAAACCUUUAAGCUCCUGAUUGCGUCAGUCAGUCCCCACACAGUAGCUUCUUUGGAAAACAAUCAGUCUAGUUUGAAUGCUACUGAUAAGCUUGUAAUAACCCUGUUAUGUAAAUCAGCCAGUCCCAUGACACAGGAGUACACUAACCAGUGCUGAUGGGCUGGUAAAUUACUGUAUGUCUUUGUUCCAAAUGGCAUCCUAUUCCCUAUAUAGUGAACUACUUUUGACCAGAGCCCUAUGGGCCCUUGUUAAAAGUAGUGCACUAAAUGGAAAAGGUGGCCAUUUGGGACUGGCCUGUGAAUGUCCCAUUAAAACAAGAGAGGGCAGGCUGGCCAAAAGGUCAUGGCCUCUGUGACAAAUUAACACACUCUCAAAGGGUGCCUGUCAUUCUGUAAGGGAAAGCAUCUAGCUUGCAUCCACAGGGCCUGAAGAAGGUUAAAGGAUGACCACUUCACAAUGUCUAACAAGCAUUGUUUUGUUUCUGCAAAGACAAUGUCAGAGAUA